CUGCUGGACGCGGGACGCACCGAAGCCGGCCGCAUCAUCAACGCGCUGACGCGACGGCAGCGGGAGCAGGAGCGGGAGGAGCACGAGCUGCGCGAGCGCGUGGCCGAGCUCGCCAAGCGGGAGUCGGAGCUUGCCGCCGACCGCGCGGCGCUCGCCGUGCGUGAGCGCGAGCAUCACCGGCAGGCGGCCGGGGAGCUCGGCCGCUUUCUGUCCGAAGCGCGGCGUGACGUGGAACGCGCCAUCCGCGCGGUGCGCGCGACCGCCGGUGCACGGGCGGUCGCAGCGACGGGUGCCGGCGGGCAGGCAGCCGCCGCGGCUGCUGACGCGGCGGCUGACGCGGCCGCGCGGGCGGCUCCGAGCGUGGUGGAGCAGCGCCUGCAGGCCGAGCGGGAUGCGCUGAUGGCGCUGGAGGACGCCGACUCCGCCGGUGUGACCGACGGGGCGCCGCUGGCGCCCGGCAGCAGCGUGCGCGUACGGCGCACCGGCGCGUCCGGCCGGGUGGUGCGCCGGCACCGCCCCGACCGGUAUCCCGACCGCUACGUGGUGCAGACCGACACCAUCCGCGGCGAGUUUCGCGCCGCCGAUCUGGAGGCAGCCGGCGACCCGACUCCGUCGCGCCGCGCGGGAACCCGCGUCGAGCUGGUCACCACAUCGGAGCCGGUGCUGGAGCUGCACGUGCGCGGCAUGCGGGCGGAGGAGGCCCUGCAGCAGGUCGAGCGGCAGCUCGACGCGGCGGUCAUUCGCGACUGGUCCGAGUUCGCGGUGGUGCAUGGGCACGGACAGGGCGUGCUGCGCCAUGUUAUCCACGAAUACCUCCGCGACAGCUCCGCGGUCAGCGACUACCAGGAUGCCGCGGCCGAUGAGGGCGGACAUGGCAAGACGAUCGUCCGGCUCCGCCGCUGA